AAAUAGAUGGGGGGAGGAGCAGCACCCGUUUCCACUCCACCCCAACGCCCCCACCCACACCUCGCCGCCUCCGCUCAGGGACGUUUGGCUCUACGGCCUCACUUCUUUUCUCCGCUUUCCCAGUCCUCCUUCCCGGGACGUCCUGCAGCGUGACUAGCGUAUGCGCGCACGCGGCCCAUACGUUCUGGGAGCGCGCGCGCCGUCGCCUCCACCGCCUCCGCCUCCGCCGUCCGCUCCUCGGGUCCGGCGCAGCCUGUGUCAGUUGUUGGCGGCGGGAGGGCGGCGGUAAUGACGACCAGGGGUGACGGGCCCGCCUCGGCAGCGACUCCUCGUUCUCUUGCCGCCGUAGCUGCCGACGCCACCGAGCCCUUGUCAGAUUCAUCAUGAGAGGAGACAUAACCCUCAAAAAAAAAAAUCUGGAUCAAAGGAAAAGCAGUCCAAGGCCAUGCAAGCCAACUGUAGCCACCUUCACAACCUGCCAGGAACUGGAGGCAGUGAGACUGCCCCAGCUUCUCAUUGUGCCCAUACUGUAAGAAUGACUGGUGAAGGUUCUUGCCAUCAUCCUGGAGACAUUCAUAUCCAGAUAAGCUCUGUACCUGGAGAGUGUGGUGAAAGUCCCACUCCCAGAAACUUAAGGUCUGGUUCCCAAAGCAAUACUCAGGGCUGCCUACACAGUCGAUUAAGAAGUCACUCACACAAUGAAGCAAGACAACCUGAUGAUGCUACCAUGGAGCCAGGAGAAAAUGGCAGCAGCUCUCUCUCUGAGUUCCGAUAUCUCUUCCAGUGGUUGCAGAAAAGUCUUCCAUAUAUUUUAAUUUUGUGUGUCAAACUUAUAAUGCAGCAUAUAACAGGCAUUUCUCUUGGAAUUGGGCUGCUAACAACUUUUAUGUAUGCAAACAAAAGCAUUGUAAAUCAGGUUUUUCUAAGAGAAAGGUGCUCAAAGGUACAGUGCGCUUGUUUACUGGUGUUCUUAGCAGGAUCUUCUGUUCUCUUGUAUUAUACCUUUCAGUCUCAAUCACUUUAUUACAGCUUAAUCUUUUUAAAUCCUACUUUGGAUUUUUUGAGCUUCUGGGAGGUACUCUGGAUUGUGGGAAUUACAGACUUCAUCCUUAAAUUCCUCUUCAUGGGCUUCAAAUGCCUUAUUUUGUUGGUGCCUUCUUUUGUGAUAUCUUUUAAAUCCAAGGGCUAUUGGUAUAUGCUCAUAGAAGAAUUGUGCCAGUAUUAUCGAACAUUUGUUCCUAUUCCAGUUUGGUUUCGUUAUCUUGUUAGCUAUGGGGACUUAGGAGGCAGUGUAACAGGAUGGAGUCUUGGGAUUCUACUGGGUCUACUCUACCUCAUUCUAAAACUUCUAGACUUUUUGGGGCAUCUGAGAACUUUCAGGCGGGCUUUACGGAUAUUUUUAACACGACCAAGUUAUGGAGUGACAGCCUCCAAAAGACAAUGUUCAGAAGCUGAUGAUCUCUGUUCUAUCUGCCAGGCUGAAUUCCAAAAGCCUAUCCUUCUCAUCUGUCAGCAUAUAUUUUGUGAAGAGUGUAUCACGUUAUGGUUUAAUAGAGAGAAAACAUGUCCACUUUGCAGAACUGUUAUUUCAGACCAUGUAAACAAAUGGAAAGAUGGAGCCACUUCAUCACAUCUUCAGAUUUAUUAAAUCCUGUCAACUGCUAUUUGGUGUUUGUAAGAUGCUGGUUUUCAUUUGAUGUUUUAAUGGAGGUACUUCUAUAAGUGAAUUUUCAAUGGAUUUCCAGUGUUUUUAGUUCAAACCUAACCUUAAGCAUCCAAAUCAGACAUUUUAAGACUAUUAGAAAAAAGUUAAAAAAAAUUCUGUCUACAGACAUGAAAUUUUAAGAAUUAAAUGGGUAAAAAACAACCCCGUGUUAUUUUGACUUUUCUUCUAAUUCAAUGUUGUUCAAACACUACUUUUAUUCUAGUAUUUGUGUGUAAUUAAAGAUGUGUCUAGUGAUAAAUUGUUUAGACAUUCUUAGCAUGUAACUACUAGUAGUUUAUUUUGAGGAACUCAGGCUGCUAGAAUCAAAAUCUUAUUUUUUCAUGGUUUUAAGGUACAUGUAAUAUACAAAAAUUCUAGCUUUUUAGAGAACAUUGACUUUUAUAAACCCAAAUCUGAACUAUUCCUAGAAUUCUUAUACCAUCAUGAGGCAUUUCAAUGAAUUUUUCCUGUGUUGGCUUUUAAGAAUAAUGGGAAUAAUUCCUAUAGAAUAUUUUAUAAAAUUUGUAUUUUUAAUAAAAUUCUAAAUACUUUAUUUUGUCUAAAUCAGAUUUUCUAAGUCAAAGGAAUUGACAUGGGGAGAUAUGUAUGAAAUUAUUGUUAACUGUUGCUGUGACUAGCAAUCAGUGAGAAUAAACGAAAUUUUACAAAUUUCGGUGGGCCUUGUGCAAGCACGCUGCUUGUCAACUUGUAUUUAUUAUUUUUGCUUGUUUCUAGUGUUAGUGGCCAUCUUACACAGUUGACAAUAUAAUUUGCUGAUUAUGAAGGAUUUCCAUACCAAGAGAAAAUAAGCUAAACUUAACCAGAAUAUGAAAAGAUUAUUCUUCGUUAUGUAUUUACUUUAAAAAUAAGAGGAAUAAAUUUUGUGGCUUAAUUUUCUUUUAUCCAUUUUUUUUAGAGCAUUAACCCUGUAGUUUGCUUUGAGGCUACUGUGCCUUUGGGGGGAAAUGGCAUUCAUUCCUUCAUUAGUAGUUACUAUCUAGAUUUGGGAUAUUACUUUGUUUCUUAUUAUCUAGUUACACAAAGGCUGAUAUUUUCUUUGCCUUAACUUGGUCAAUAUAUUAAAGGAAAGAAUAUUUGGCUUCUCUACUCUCCUGAGGAAAUGGCACUGAAGUGUUAUCAAAUGAAUCAGAUCUAAAUAAAUGUUAAAAUUGUCACCUUAUAUUGAACUAGUGGGCUGAUUCUCAGUUAUGUUUUCAUUACUCUUGGAAGGAAAGUCAGUGAAAGAACCUAGUUUCUGUUUUAUACAGAAUACAUUUUGUCUGAAAGGUUCAAUUUUGUGUCAAAUUAUUUUCACUUUGGUAAAAAUCAUAAGAAAUUUCCAUUUUUGCUGCUACAAAUUCAUGAGGAUUUUAUGAUUUCUAUAAAAGCAGCACACCAUACUGAAUCACUAUAUUUCAACAGUUAUUUGUACUUACUGUAUUUUUCUAAUGUUGGCUUUUAAGUCAAAGUUCUGUAAAUUUUUUAGUUUAAAAACUUAAGGGAAUGAAUUAAAUCUUCCUCUGUAAGUUUACUGAAACUGUGCUCUAGUUAAUACUUAGAGUUUGCACCCAUAGUGACUCUUAAAUUACAGUAUGCCUUACACUGGGCAGAGAAGCUUCCUGCCUUCCUACAGUUCACCCUAAAAGUUUGCUACAAACUAGUAUGGAUCCAUCCUACCAGCUAAAGCUUUAGAACUGCCACUUUUUAACAGCCAAUAUUUCUUAGCGUAUUCCCCUGCCUGUACCACUGAUUGGUGUGGGUAGCCCUAAUGCAGAAAGAAAUUGCACAUUAAGAUUAGAUUGGGCUGACAAAGGUGCUGAUAUCAACUGGGAUCAAAGGUUCUUAAUCUGAGAUACAUGAACAUUUUUUUAAAAGAAUAUUUUGAUAAUUAUCAAUAUAAUACUUUUUUGUUUGUAAUCCUCUAUGUUUGUUAUGCACAUAAGAACAUUAUGAGGAGGGAUCCAAAAGGGUUCAUGACACAAAAAAAGUUAAGUCCUGAGUUGGACUGUAUGGAUUGCUCAUAGAAAAGGAGAUGUGUAUCAACAGAGGGAGCAUUUAUAGUGGAACAGAUACCAGUUAUUCCGAUUCUUAAUUUCUGCCUAGAAGCCCUUCUCCCCUUGUUACAUUACUAUUUAAUGCCUUACUCCCCAUUGGAAUUCACACUUUGUGCUACCUUUGCACUUGUAUAUUGUUUUAUAUUAUAGUUAUUUGUGUCUCAGCCCCCUCCUAGACUGUAAGCUCUUUGAGGGCAGGGACUGUGCCUUAUCUAAACUGCUUGGAAUGUAGUAGCUCAGUGCUUUUACACAGGUGAUUAAUAAAUGUUUGAAUUGAAGCCAGUUUGGAACUAAAAAAAAAUGUGCACAACAGAUGAUUUAAUGUUGUCUUAACUUUUCCUGGAUUAGAAAACACCACAGCAACCAUAAUGCAACUAAAUCCCAAGAUACUCUAGUUCUGUAAAAAAGGAACUCUCAACAAUUACAAAUUAUAGCUAGCUUAUAUUUGGCUUGUUAAAACAGAAUGAUGGGGGGUGGGAGAGGGAGGCUAGGUAGCUCAGUGGAUUGAGAGCCAGGCCUAGAAGACGGGAGGUGUGCUAGGUUCCAAUCUGGCCUCAGAUACUUCCAGCUAUGUGACCCUGGGCAAGUCACUUGACACCCCCAUUGCCUAGCCCAUACCACUCUCUGCCUUGGAACCAAUACACAGUACUGAUUCCAAGAUGGAAGGUGAGGGUUUAAAAAAAAAAAAACAGAAUGGCUGGGACAUGGGGCCAUAAACACACUAGUGAAAUAAAAGCACUCUUAAUGAUAACCAUCCCUUAAGGAGAAUGUUGAAAGUACAGAAGAGCUCUGAAACAAAGCCUGCUUAAUCAGACUUGUUCAGGAAGUUUUAUUUCUCAACAUAAACAUUAUGAAGGGCUCCAUUAUUUCAGAAAAAGGUGCAAUAUAUUAGUAAGAGAACUAUUAAAAAAGCAAGCUGUUAAAAAACUCCUACAGGAUGUCAUGUGUGUAACCUUGUCAUUCACUGGAAAUCUGAAUAUUAAUACUAAGACUGCCCAAGGUUUGUUCUGUUUAUACAAACAACCCCUAGAAAAGCACAGGAACUUCCCUUUCUCUAUAGCUAUGGUCUGUUUCCCCAAGUUCUCAUUCCCCACCCAUCUUAUUUUUAACUUUAUCUUGCUUGUAUUUAUAGUAUUCCAACUACUUUCCCUCAUUCUUGGCCAGACUGCAGUCUUUUAAGGUUAGAUCUUCAAAGUGUCAUUUCUCUUCCUUGAUAAAAGUGCUAACAUACACUUUGGACUUUAAUAAUGGUCAGUUGUGUACAUGUAUUAUCCUUAUUAAAUGGUUAACUCCUUAAGGGUAAA